GGCGCACCUCAGCGAGCAACCGCGAUGGCGACCGAAGGGAGUGCUGCGGAGGCCGGGGCGGGGGCUGCCCCGGCUGGCGAGCCCGCGGCCGCGCUCCCUUCACUUCUCUCCGCGACGCGCUUGACCACGGGCACUUACCUGUAUUCUUGUUGAUAUUGUAAUUUUAACGGCAUUAAAAGCCUAUGUAAUACAGUCCGCACAACGUUUUAUUUAUGAAGUCCCGUUAGGGCUCCUACAGUUUGGUCCUUCGCUAUAAAUUAACGCCAGUCGUGUCGUUAAAAUUCGUCGAUUCCGCAUCGUCAUUUUCAACGGUCAACGGUCAACGGUCAUCGCCGAUGCCGCGUGGAACUUCAACGUGGCCACCGAACACGAAGACAAAGAAGUCGUACUCGUGCAGCGUGCUUCGCCUUAUAAGGAGCUGAAGUCAUUUACUGGGAGUAUAAACUACUUAUUUGAGUGAGUCGUUCCAAUUUAGUUAUUUUUUUCCAAUUUUUUCUUGGUGAAUAAUCGUUUUUUCCCAUUUAUUUCGUUGAGCAAGUACAUUUCCCCCUUCACAAGUGAUUUAUUGUCAAUAGUGCUUUAACGCAGUGUUUAUUUCGACGCUUCUUCAUAAUUGCAUAAUUUGUAGUAACACUUGUGCGCGCACGCCACUCACGCCACACAGGUGUUAACGUAACCUUGACCGAUCUCAGUAAUUAGAACCGGUCCCUUUUGUUUGCGCGCAGCUGUUUUUUCUAUAAGAAGCUCAUUAGUGGUAUCUAUCGCCUUACUGCAGUUAAACACGUGGGUUUUUUGCUUUGUUAAUUGCACUUCAAAAUGGCAGACGCUUUAAAGACUUUACUUAGAAAACGUAGUUCAUUAAAAUCAAAGCUUACGAUUUACAGCAACUAUCUAAAUUUAGUUAAAAGUAGUGCACAUAUAUCUGAGAUGCAACGAUUAGACCUGCAGGAACGUUUUAAUAAGUUCGAUUCCUUACAUAGCCAAUUUGAUGAAUUGCAGACAGAAAUCGAAAUGCUUGCCGAUGAUGCUGAGACUGCGUUCGUGGAGCGUGAGGAGUUUGACCGCCAGUUCUUCAAUCUGGUGGCACUCACGCGCAGCCUGCUUGGUUCUUCGGUCAACGGUGCUGGUUCUGAGGCGGGCUUCAAAGAUGCUGACUCAGGUGCACAUGUUUCUAAUAGCUUUGUUCGUUUGCCAAAAAUUGAUUUGCCUCACUUUGACGGGAACUACCAAUGCUGGCUCGAGUUUCGGGACACGUUUACGUCAUUGAUUCACAAUAACGCUAGCAUAAGCUACAUAAAUAAGUUCCAUUACUUGCGUGCUUCUUUACAAGGUACUGCAGCCUCUUUAAUUAAAAAUAUAGAAUUUAGUAGUGAUCAUUAUAAGAUUGCUUGGGACUUGUUGUGUGAGCGGUAUAACAAUGAGUACCUGCUUGUGGCCAAUCAUUUGCAAGCUUUAUUCUUUGAUGUUAAGUCAAUAAAUAAGGAGUCUAGUGUUUCCAUUAGAAAUCUUGUUGACGUCAUUAAUAAAAAUAUUCGGGCACUAGCAAAUUUAAAAAGGCCUACUCAGCAUUGGGAUGACAUCAUCAUUUUUGUCAUGGUCAAAAAGCUAGAUUUAAUCACAAGUCGUGAAUGGGAGGAAUACAGGAAUAACAACAUAGUAGGUUAUCCAACAACUACUCAAUUUUGUUCUUUUCUAAACAGGAAAGCAGACUGGUUGGAAUCUGUGGAAUGUAACUUUCAGGAUAGUAAUAUUGUGGCCUUGAACAGUAACACUAAUUUAUAUAAACAUAAUAAUAAUUCAUCUAAACAAAAACACUCAAAUAAAUCAAAUAAUAAUUCUCAUAAAAACAAUAAUAAAUGUCCACUUUGCUCCCAAGUACAUACUUUAUAUAAAUGUGAAUCUUUUAGAAGCUUAUCUAUAGAAAAUCGCAUACAAAAGGCAAAAGACUUAACUGUUUGUCUCAAUUGCUUACGUAUUGGGCAUUCUGCUAAUAACUGUAAGUUUUCAAAUUGCAGAUACUGCAAACUUAAGCACAAUACGCUUUUGCAUUUAGAAGCUAGUGAACCCAAACCACUUUCUAAUCCUCUGCCUUCUGCACUUCUUUCUGUAUCGCCAACUACUUCAGAUGUUGCGCUUUCAGCUAAUUCUAUGCAGCUUGCUACUUCUUCGCAUGUUUUCCUGUCCACAGCUUUGGCGAAAGUGACCAGUGCGACGGGUAAGAAGUUUACUGCGCGCCUACUGCUGGACAACGGCAGUACGGCCAACUUUAUCACGCAGAGUUUAGCGGAGAAACUGGGUUUGUCACAACGCGGUAUGAGCACCAAGGCCAAGUCAAAGUGGUUAAAUUCCAGAGGCGAAGUGACACCAGGGUCCUUAGUCCUGAUCAAGGACAAGACGACGCCACCGCUGCUCUGGUCCCUGGGUCGGGUCACUAAGACCUAUCCCGGCGUCGACGGAGUCACGCGGGUGGCUGAGCUGAAGACGAGGAGGGGCACCAUUCGUCGUGCCUUCAACUGCAUCUGCCCGCUCCCUAUCGAAGACUUUUGAAGAGCAUCCUUCAACCCGGGGAGUAUGUCGGCGCACCUCAGCGAGCAACCGCGAUGGCGACCGAAGGGAGUGCUGCGGAGGCCGGGGCGGGGGCUGCCCCGGCUGGCGAGCCCGCGGCCGCGCUCCCUUCACUUCUCUCCGCGACGCGCUUGACCACGGGCACUUACCUGUAUUCUUGUUGAUAUUGUAAUUUUAACGGCAUUAAAAGCCUAUGUAAUACAGUC